AUGGCAUCUCGGCAAUUUUUUGAUCCGGUCGUUGCCCUCCGCGCCGCGCCGCUCGUUUCGGCCACUUGCACGCUGCUCUACGCCUGGGACCAACAUCUCUUCCUCAGCGUCCUGAACCAGCCCUCGACCCGCCAGCACUCCCGUCCCAUACUGUCUCCUUACUGGAAGGCGCUCUUCCCCAAGGGUUUAAGCAUGGUCCUCGGUUUCAUCACCGUCACCUCGUCAGCCUCCGCCGCUAAUCUCUACGCGCAUGGACCCGUUCUCCGCCUGCGGCAGUCGUACUGGUGGUACGUUGCCGGCGCUGCCUUGUCCCUGAGUCACCUCCUCUUUGUCCCCUUUGUCGCCCCGCCGCUCGAGAAGAUCAUGGAACCAUCGGCCCAGGACGGCGAGGUUGAUCCGAAUGCUGAAUUGGAAAGGUGGCUCUCGGUAAAUGCGCUACGGUCGGUUACCGUGGACUUUGCUGCCUGGGUUGCCGUUGGUGUUGCUGUGCUCAAGUCCCUCACUGCCUGA